GAGACCGCGGCAGUGACGCCUGGCAGGCGGAUGGGACAGGUAGUGUGCUGUAAUUGAGUGAUCGUAGACUUGAAGUGGUCAUUACCCUGCUUGAAGUACUGCUUGGAGAACGCCUUUUGGAGAGAAGGAGGUGUGAAACCAUGUGUCCUGUAUUAAGCAAGAUGUCAAAGCAGAAGACUGUGUUUGUGACGGGUGGCACAGGCUACAUUGGAUCCCACUGCAUUGUUGACCUGCUGAAUGAAGGAUAUGAAGUUAUCACCAUUGACAACCUUACCAACAGCCGUUCUGGGGCACUCAGAAGGGUUGAGGAGAUAACUGGCAAGAAAGUCACCUUCUAUCAGUGUGAUCUUCUUGAUGGCGAGACUGUGCACAAAAUAUUUGCCAAGCACAAGAUUGACUAUGUUAUUCAUUUUGCUGCCAUGAAGGCUGUUGGGGAGUCCAUGCAGUUCCCUUUGAUAUAUUACAAAAAUAAUGUGAUUGGAACCAUCAAUCUUAUUGAGGCAAUGAAGGCCAACAAUGUGUACCAGAUGGUGUUCUCAUCCUCUUGCACUGUGUAUGGUGACCCAGAGCACUUACCUAUCACAGAGGAUCAUCCCACAGGGGCAGUUACCAAUGUAUAUGGUCGUACCAAGUACCUCAUUGAAGAGAUGCUCAAGGAUCUCUCCCGUGCUGAAGAGAAAUGGAACAUCAUAGCCCUAAGGUAUUUCAACCCCGUAGGGGCCCACCCAUCAGGCCGUUUGGGUGAAGACCCUACAAAGAACUUCACAAACUUGAUGCCUUACAUAGGCCAGGUGGCUAUUGGCAAGAAACCUAACUUGACUAUAUUUGGCAGUGAUUACGACACCCCAGAUGGCACAGGUGUGCGUGACUACAUACAUGUGAUGGAUCUAGCUUCAGGCCAUGUGUCUGCCCUCACCAAACUGGACCAGGAGCAUCUCAAAUUCAAGCCUCUGAACCUGGGUCUUGGUCAUGGGAUAUCGGUACUGGAGUUUGUGAAGGAGUUUGAACGUUUGACCAAGGUUCACAUCCCUUAUGAAUUCGCUGGGAGAAGAAUAGGAGAUGUGGCCACUCUUGUGUGUGAUGGGAGCAGGGGCAUGAAAGAACUGAAGUGGCAACCCACAAGGAGUUUUCAGGUUAUGUACCAAGAAGAGAGUUGCCAGUUUGUGCAAUGUGACACUUACAUCACCAGGAGUUUGAUCCAUGUAUUAUGCUAACUGUAUGUGGGGGAGUGAGAAGAUGGAGUAAAACUGAUGUAGUUCUCUGUCUCCCCACCUCUCUCUCUCUCUCUCUCUCUCUCUCUCUCUCUCUCUCUCUUUGAAAGUGGCUCCAUGCACCUAGCUCAUCACUCCUUCCAUUGCUGGAAACAUACAGGGUGAUUCACAAGCUUCUCCAGAAACUCUGGGAAAUGGAAGGUUAUUCUUUUCUAAGCAGAAAACACUCUAUGGGUAUGUUUGAGAAGCUUGAAAAGUGACAGGAGGCACCAUGUUUCUCCUUCUGUCAGGACGAGUGUUGCCAGGUAUUUAUUUUUGCCUUUCAAAACUUGCACAUCAUUCUUCUAUUGACUGUUUUAAUUUUGAUUUAUAUAAAUUAGCUUUUAAAAAGCAUGACAGAUAGUCGAGUACAGUUAAGUUGGGAGUAAAUCUGUGACUAGAAAAGCACAUCUGGCAAUGUGGUGCAGCAGGAGAAAUGACAUGCAAGUUUUUAAAGGCCAAAAAAGAAUAUUUGGGAAGAGCAGGAAGGGUCACUCAGCUGAUGCUUACUGCAACAAAAGGGGAAACAAGGCACUUGUCACUUUUCACUCCUCUUUCACUAUUAAACCAAAGCAUUAACCACACACACAAUAUUUUUUGCUUAGAAUAGCAUAAUCCUCCAUUUCCCACAGUUUCUAGAGAAACUUGUGAAUUUACCCUGUAUCUCCCAAACCCUCUUCUGGAUGAUUACCAGAUAUGCCAUCACCUGUAUUCUCUCUCUCAGCUCUCAAAUGAGGGCCAUUUCAGCAGCAUCUUCAGCUCAGUGAGACAUCAAAAAGUCUUGUCUGGAGAGUAGAAAGCCUGAUGAACACUUAAAAUGGCUGCUAGUUGUCCAGCUUUCAAAGGUUCAGUUUCUUGUAAGGGUCAUGUUACAUUCUUAUAACUUCUGUCAUUUCCAGCAAUAAAAAAAAUCAAUGGCAUGUACAAGGAGGGUCAUACCUUGAAGAAUAGAGUUAGAAUUCAAAUGUAAGCUACUUUUUGUUCCUUUUAUAUAUGAAGGCAAGAACAAGGCUUCCUGCUUUAUCUUGGGUCUCAAAGAUAAUAUUCAAUAAAAAAUCUAAACUGACAAUACAAAAAUAAUAAUGAUAGUCAUACCUCGUGAUUGUCCUUUAAUUCAAACAAAUCGGAAUUCGAACAUGGUUGGCAAAUGAAUUUUGUCCUCCAAUUUGAACACAAACAUCCGUUCAAGUGACGUCAUUCAGUCAGUCCCCCUUCUUUCUCCUUUGUCCCCAUAUCCUUCCUCUAUCUUUCCCACCUACCCUUCCUCCUCCCCUAUUUCUCUCUCUCUCUCCCCCCAAUAUGUCACUUCCUCCCUUUGUUCCUUUCCUCCCCCUUCCUUUUUCAUCUGGUUUCAAACCUCCCUCCCAGGCACCUCCCCUGUAUCUGUCAGAGAUGAGGGACAAGGGAGUGUGAUACUCCUCCUCUCCUCCUCCCCCCAUUCAUCCUGUUAUUUUGACUUUAUUCUCUCAUAAUUCCAUUUUCAUUCUCUAUCAGUCUUAUUCUAUCAGGAUUGUUCUUACACACACACACACACACACAGAGAGAGAGAGAGAGAGAGAGAGUAGCAGAAACUUUGACUCAAAUGUGAGAUUAGUGCCAAUUUACAAUGGUAUUUCGCAUAAAAUUUGUUUUUUUGUAUUUUUGUAUCUUACUCGUAUAGGACAACCCACUUUUUUUGUCUUUUGGAUUAUUUAAGUGCUGUUUUGUAUGCUAAAAGUAUAUGGUACUUUACAUCUU